CAAAGGGGACCCACCCCUCAAGGCCGCGGGGUUUGGUUGCACACAGGCUGCAGUUUCAGUUUGUUUUAUUCACCAUUUUGAGUAGCUGAAGGUAAAAAAAAUAAGAAUAUUUGCGUUUGGAGGACAGGUCGCUGCCGUACUUUUGUUUUCACGCGCUAGCUCGGACGGCGUAGUUGUGCGCCAACCUCGCUUCCCUCGGUGUUUUGCAGAGCGGGAAUCUAUAUUUCUGUUUUCCCCUGUGCUUUUUCUUCUCCCCCCUUUCUUAAAUCCUUAACCUCUACAGUAUUCCUGCAAAAUGUCAAGACCAGUGAGGAACAGGAAAGUGGUGAACUACUCACAAUUCAAUGAGUCUGACGAUGCAGAUGAGGAGUAUGGUGAUGAUAAGCCCAAGAAGGUGCGCGCAUCCCCUCGUGAGCCCAAGCACAAGCGCUCAAAGAACUCACAGGAUGACAGUGAGGACUCUGAUGACAAGCUUUCUAAAUCCAAAAAUGAUUCAGCAGAUGACUUUGGCAGCGAUGAUGAAGACAAUGAGUUUGGAGAGGAAGAGGAUGAAGAUGGAGGAAGCGACUAUGAAGAGAAAAGGGGGAAAAAAGGAAAGAAAGCCAAGGUGGAGAAGCCAGGCAAGAGGGGGCCGAAGAGGAAACGAUCUGCAGAUGACAGUGAUGACGAAAGGGAAGUGAGUCGGAAGCGUACAGUGCGCCAGGCAGCUUCCAAAGCUGUGUCCAAACAGAGGGAGAUCCUGCUGGGUGAUGGUGGCAGCGAGGAUGAGGAGCACGAAGACCAAGAGGAGCCCUACCUGGAUCCUGAUGAGUCUGGCAGUGAUGAGGACUUCAUGGUGGAGGACGAUGAUGACAGCGACUAUGGUCACUCCAAGAAGAAAAGCAAGAAGGUGAUUCGACGGGGACGAACAGACAAGAAGGAGAAGAAAAGCCCCAAACCCCGACUAAAGGCCACAGUGACCCCCAGCCCAAUGAAAGGAAAGGGAAAGGGGCGCCCCAGCACUAAGGCCCUGGAGAAGAGCUCACCCAAAGAGGAAGAGGAGGAGGAGGAGGACCCUGAGAGUCCCCUGGAGGAAGAAGAGGAAGAGGCCGAGAAGAAAGAGACCUCCCGUGCCCCUAAAACAACGAAGGAGGCUGCCGGAGGGGAGGAGGAGGAGGAGGAAGAAGAGGAAGAGGACGGCUCAGAAGAGGAGGCGCCCUCUGGAGAAGACUAGAAGAUGGUACCCAUUUGAAGCCCAUCCUCCAUGUCUUUCUCUGUCUCUUCUCUGCGUCUAUUUUCUUUUGUUGCCCUGCGUUUAGUUUUUAUUUUUCCUCUCCCUCUU